UGACGCUGUAGCAGCAGCUGCGAGAGUGACGUCAUACAGCAGUUCUCACCAUCAUCAGCGCAGACGUGAACUGAUCUAGUGAAGACGUCGAGGACGUGAGCAUCCAUUGUUUUUUGAGCCGUGGGUGAGUUCCUGUGGCCGGCAGCAUCAUGGGGGAGUUGUUCCGCAGUGAGGAGAUGACUCUGGCCCAGCUCUUCCUCCAGUCUGAAGCGGCCUACUGCUGCGUCAGUGAACUGGGGGAGCUGGGAAUGGUCCAGUUCAGAGAUCUCAACCCUGAUGUGAACGUGUUUCAGAGGAAGUUUGUGAAUGAAGUUAGACGUUGUGAAGAGAUGGACAGAAAGCUCAGGUUUGUAGAGAAGGAGAUUAAGAAAGCCAACAUUCCUACUAUGGACACUGGCGAGAAUCCUGAAGUCCCGUUCCCUCGAGACAUGAUUGACCUUGAGGCAACCUUUGAGAAGCUGGAGAAUGAGCUGAAGGAGAUCAACACUAAUCAAGAGGCCCUGAAGAAGAACUUUCUAGAGCUGACAGAACUCAAGCAUAUCCUCAGACGUACUCAGCAGUUCUUUGAUGAGAUGGAGGAUCCUAACCUGUUGGAAGAAUCAUCAUCUCUGCUGGACCCCAGUGAGGCCGGCCGGGGGGCUCCACUGAGGCUGGGAUUUGUGGCUGGUGUCAUCAACCGUGAAAGAAUCCCUACGUUUGAAAGGAUGCUGUGGCGAGUCUGCCGUGGAAAUGUCUUUUUACGUCAGACAGAGAUUGAGGAUCCCCUUGAAGACCCCACAACAGGCGAUCAGGUGCACAAAUCGGUGUUCAUCAUCUUCUUCCAAGGAGACCAGCUGAAGAACAGAGUGAAAAAGAUCUGUGAAGGGUUCCGUGCAUCUCUGUACCCGUGCCCUGAGACCCCUCAGGAAAGGAAGGAAAUGGCAUCAGGUGUCAACACCCGCAUUGAUGACCUCCAGAUGGUAUUGAAUCAAACUGAAGACCACCGGCAGAGGGUUUUGCAGGCCGCUGCAAAAACUAUGCGCGUGUGGUUUAUCAAAGUGAGGAAGAUGAAGGCCAUUUAUCACACGUUGAACCUCUGCAACAUCGACGUUACACAGAAAUGUUUGAUUGCUGAGGUCUGGUGCCCCGUUUCUGACCUUGAUUCCAUUCAGUUUGCUUUGCGGAGGGGAACAGAAAGAAGUGGGUCUACAGUUCCCUCCAUCUUAAACCGAAUGCAGACCAAACAGACUCCACCUACUUACAACAAGACCAACAAGUUCACCUCUGGAUUCCAAAACAUUGUGGAUGCUUACGGCAUCGGAACCUACCGAGAGAUCAACCCAGCCCCGUACACAAUCAUCACGUUCCCGUUCCUGUUUGCUGUCAUGUUUGGGGACAUGGGGCAUGGCGUGCUGAUGACCUCUGCUGCGCUUUACCUUGUCCUUAGAGAGACCCGUCUGCUUGCUCAGAAGAGUGACAAUGAGAUGUUUAACAUGAUUUUUGCUGGACGUUACAUCAUUCUACUGAUGGGGAUGUUCUCAGUCUACACCGGGCUCAUCUAUAAUGACUGCUUCUCAAAGUCCCUCAACAUGUUCAGCUCUGGCUGGAGUGUUCGACCCAUGUUUGCACCUAAUGGAAACUGGACGGACCAGACUCUGGAGAGUAAUUCAGUUCUUCAGUUAAACCCGUCUGUUUCUGGCGUGUUUGGUGGCCCGUAUCCUCUCGGCAUCGACCCUAUCUGGAACAUUGCCGCAAAUAAGCUGACGUUCCUGAACUCCUUUAAGAUGAAGAUGUCUGUGAUUCUGGGUGUCAUUCACAUGCUGUUUGGAGUCACGCUGUCCCUCUUCAACCACCUAUACUUUAAGAAGCCUCUGAACAUUUUCCUGAAUUUCAUCCCUGAGAUUGUGUUCAUGAGCAGUCUUUUCGGUUAUCUGAUCCUGCUCAUCUUCUACAAGUGGAUCGCUUAUGAUGCGGUGACCUCUAAAGACGCUCCCAGUCUUCUGAUAGCCUUCAUCAACAUGUGUCUGUUCAACUACAACGACCCCACCAACAAACCGCUGUACAGAGGACAGGCUGGGAUUCAGUCUCUGUUGGUGGUGAUAGCUUUAGCCUGUGUGCCAGUUAUGCUGGUGGUGAAGACUAUGAUCCUGCGCCGUCAGCACUUGUGGAAGAAGCACCUGUCCCAGAUGAGGGAUGCAAGACCUGCAGAGAAUCUAGAAACUUUAGAGCAGACAGGCACCAGCUCACCCCCCGGACUCACCCAACAGGGCACACAGAAGUUCGGUGGCGUCCGGGUCGGAAAUGGGCCUACGGAGGACGAGGCAGAGAUCAUUGACCAUGACCAGCUCUCACAACACUCAGAGGAAGGUGAUGAGCAUUCAGAGGAAGAACCGUUUAACUUUGGAGACAUGGCUGUUCAUCAGGCCAUUCACACUAUAGAGUAUUGCCUGGGCUGCAUCUCCAACACGGCCUCAUACCUGCGACUCUGGGCCCUUAGUUUGGCUCACGCUCAGUUGUCUGAGGUGCUUUGGGGAAUGGUAAUGCGUCUUGGACUGUCCUCUAGAAGUGGUGGGGGAUUCUUUGGCUUGUCUAUCAUUUUCUCUGCCUUUGCAACGCUAACAGUGUGCAUCUUACUCAUCAUGGAGGGAUUGUCUGCCUUCUUGCAUGCUCUGCGCUUGCAUUGGGUGGAGUUCCAGAACAAAUUCUACACAGGACAGGGCUUCAAGUUUGUCCCGUUUUCCUUCGAGAGCAUCCUAGAGGGUCGAUUUGACGAAUGAGAGCUACUAACCAUCUGAAAUCUGACCAAUUCCCUUUCCUGCAUGGAUCCCAUCUCGCUCUGUCCUCUGCAGAAGCAGUGCUGUCUGGUGAAGUGUUUGUAAAAUGUGACCCCUGACCUCUAAAUGCACCUUUUUCCAGAGUGCUUAUUUGAGAUAUGUUGUGUUCUGUGAGCCUUUUUUCUAGAUUUAUGGCCCCACUUGACGUAACAGUCCCUCAAAGCAGCGUAUUAACUAUAAUUGAUGUUACAUAAUGUCAGAUGGGUGAAAAUCAAGCAGUGUGUAAAAAAAAAAAAAGCGUGUCCUCAUAGUGACCUACUUUAAAUACUUCGAUUUUAUCCUUAUUGUCUUUGUCCACACAGAUUUUUUUAAAGGGCACCUAUUUGACCUCUUUUACAAGAUGUAAGGUAAGCCUUUGGUGUCCCAGAAUGUAUAGUUUCACCUUAAAAUACCCUUCAGAUCAUUUAUAAUAUGCUAAUUUUAGUGUCUGAGUACAGUGUAGCUGUUUUUUUAGCCUGUGGCUUUAAAUGCAAAUGAGUGGCUUUUCCCCACCCACCACUCCCAUGUGCAUGUCUGCUUCUGCUGCAUAAGCAUCAGAUAAACAGCAGUCAGUGACAGAGACAGACACUACAAUACAGCUCAUUAGUCAGAAAUACCAAGUAAGUUUAUUUCAUGUAUUUGUGGUGGAGUUUAUUCAAGCCUUUCUGAAAGGAUGAGUCUCACACAAAUGCCGUUUUUUGGUGGGCGGGGAAAACCGCACUCUUACAUCACAUUGCGGUGAGCCUCAAAAUCCCUGUGAUUUGGGUCAUAUUUUAAGGUCAGGAAAUUUAAAAAAAGAGACUUGUUGUGUUUGUCCCUCCAGUAUGACAGUGGACACACUAUACAUACACACUGCUCUGUCCAAACAGCUUAAAAAAAGAUGAUUUUCACCAUUGGUGCCCUUCAAACAAAUGUGGGGAAAAAAAACUCUUUAUAUAAAAUACAUUUAUUUUAAAAAUACCCUUGUCGACAUCUUGCAAAUGUAAAUCUAAGUUAUAUCCUGCAGUUCAGAGUUUAUAUCUUAAUUCUGAAUAUUUUUCCGUCAGAAAAAUGAAUUGGAAAAAGCUUUCAUGCUUUUCAGUUGUUAGUAAACAUCAGAAUUAUAAAAAAUAUAUAACAUAUUAAUUACAAAUUAUAACUUGCAAUUUGUAUCAUAUGAACUAAUAAUAAUUGUAUUAUAAAGUCUGAAUUGUGAGUUGAGUUUUUAUUAUUCUGAGAGAAACGAGCUACCAUAAAAUUGAGAAUGAAAAGUUUAACAAAUUAUUUAGAAUCAAUAUUAAUAUUACACACACAAAAAAAGCCUUAUAUAGAUAAAUAUAAAUAUACAGAUGUUUCAGAGCAAUGUGAGGUCAAAUUAAAAAAUCUGAUUGGCUAUAACAAAUAUCCAUGAAUUUACAUGAAAGUUUCACAGCAAACUAAAAAAACUGGAUUCAUCUAUAACUGUUAGCAAGACUAGCCUAUAUGGUCAUAUUACAUCAGUGUUGAUGUUGAUAAAAUGUUGCACAUUUUCCAUGUCUUCUUAACAAAAGAUCUAAUUCGGAUCAUCAGCUCAUUAGCAGAGACUGAAAGACCUGUAAUGGGUGUAACAGACAUUGGAGACAUCCAAAAUAAGCAGUGCUGGUGGUCCUCCAGCAACGUGGUUAAGAAACACUGUAUUACAUGAUGGCUAAAUCAUUUCCCUGAUAAUGUCAUUGUGAUUUUCUUGUGUUUCUCCACAAGUCAUUCUAUUGUAUUCAUGUUGUUAUGAAAGGAAAGAUUCAGUUGAUGGUUACAGGAAUAAUAUCUUGUUAAAUGUACUCAGUGUUGAGUUAAACAACUAGUCCCAAAAUAGCAACAUUUUACAAAAGAUACCAUCAUGCUAUUGAGUUAAAGAUAUCAUUAAAUAUCAUGAGGCAGCUAAAAGCGUACAGGGAUCAGUGUCUGCUGGACUGUCUUGAUCUGCAAGCAAAACAUAUCAACAUGAAAAUGAAAGGAAAAUAUUGAAUUGAUCUAUUUAUUUAUUGCUGAGUUUAUCAGUGUUGUGGUGUGGCAAGUGUUUUACGUGCAGAAAAGAGUGUUUGCAUGAGUGAACAUUUCAGUGAGACCGACAGAAGAGUCAAAGAUGUUUGUUGUGAAAUCCAGUUCCUCCAAAUUCUGACAAUUAAACAUCAGAGGACAGUAAA